GUGCUUGUUCCCUGUACAACCACUCUCUUGUGAUACUGAGUGACUAAGCUAUGUCAGUAUAUAUAGGAUAGCUGGUAACCACUCCUCACAGUACUGCAGCUUGGUAUUUUCGAUGCUGUUCCGUAUCUUCGAUUUGGACUUAAUGGUAUGUCAAGGUAAGCUGGCCCUGAGGAGGACGAUGAGGACCUGAUCAGAGGACACAGUGAGUGACCUGAUUACCUACCAACCAUUGAUUUGUACAGCAUAUAAUCCUGUCUGUGAGAGCCUCGGUACACACAGAUUAACCGGGACCACUGAACCAAGUGAAUGAAAGCUGGCUAGGCACAGGUGGAAUAACAAGUAUACAUGCUGAUCAGCAACUACUAGAUGUAACAGUAUGGAGAGUAUGUACAGGCAAAAACAUUGACAACUGUAGGGUGUGUGUGAGUGACAAAACAAUAAUGUACGGACAUGCAGUCAUUGACAUGUACCGGUAGCGGAAAAAUAUGUUUAUUAGUUUGACUCCUAUUGUUCAUCAUGUAUGGGAAGAAGUUACUGUACCUAUCAUAGACUUGUAAAAGUUGCCUGUGUCCUGGCACUGUACAAUGUAUUUGUUGAACUAGUAGUUAACCUUACUGAUUUUAAUUAACUGUCAUCUGAAGUAAGAUGGGUGCUGUCAACAGCUGUUGCAUUCCUCGCCACACAGGAAGUGACUGUGGUGAAAACCAUACCAAGACCCCAAAGGGCAAAGGUCACAAGCGCAAUUUAAGUGCAACCUUCAAUUUGUCCUUGGUAGAAGAGGAUCCACUUCAAAAUCUGAUCAAUAUCAAUUUUGCUACAGAAGAAGAACUUAUGACACUGCCUGGAAUUAAUAGGGCAACAUCACAGAAUAUUAUUGAAUAUCGAAGACAAAUAGGGGGAUUUAAGAAAGUCGAAGAUUUAGCUCUCGUAUCUGGAGUUGGUGCUACAAAAUUAAAUGUCAUCAGGAAUGAAAUAUGUGUGUCAAAAAAAUCAGCAAAUACGAGUGUUACCAGCUCGUCACGAGGAAGUUCUCUGAGUAGCAGCAAACAGGAUCUGUCUGUAGCUCAUCUAAACAAGGAACAGCCAAAAAAGGCAGCAAAUGUUCCAAUCUUAACUAACAUCAAUACCUCCAACGUUUUCCAAAUGAUGAAAAUAAAAGGUGUUGGACAAACGCUAGCUGAGAAUAUUGUGACUUACAGGGACAAAAAAGGUCCCUAUACAACAGUGGAGGAUUUAGUCAAGGUCAAGGGCAUUGGCCCAUCAGUAUUAAGUGCAAUAAGGCAUCAAGUGACAGUGGAAGAAAGUGCUCCUCCUUCAGAGGAGAGUUCCGAACCCAAAUCAGAGUUAAAUGGGGACUUGGCAAAUAGAGUGUCUCCCCCUGAAACAAGAGGUCCGGGGUUAGACAAUAGUCAGCCGCGGCUACUGACGGCUUCAGUAGAAAAUAUUCUGGAUAUCAUAAAGCCAAUUGUGAAAAAUUCUAGGAGGCCAAAUGUAACACCAUUUUUAUUCAAGAGAAAAAAGCGGCAUGCUGUUCGUUUAGCUUCUUGGAAUAUUGAGCGAUUUUCAUCAGAAAAAGCAGAUAAUAUUGGCGUUAAAGAAGUUGUCUGUCUGACAAUUUUGGAAAAUGGGCUGAGUUUGGUGGCAUUCCAAGAACUGUCUGACGAGGAGGCACUUACAAAGAUUUGUAAAGAAUUAAACAAUCCCAGCAUUCCAGGGGUGAGGAAGUUUCAGGGUCAUCGAGGUGUUUGGAAAUGUGUGGUGUCUAAGGCAGCUGGUCGAAUGUACCAGGCCACAGAAUACAAUGGUUUCCUAUAUGACACUUCACAGCGAAUAGAACUGAAGAGUUCAGCACUUCUGGAAAAAGCCAAAAAUGCGGCCAAACCUUUUGUGAGGAAGCCAUUUAUUGGUGUAUUUAAGAUCCGUAAGUUUGACUGUGUCGUAGUGAGUGUACACCUAAAGGCCACCGGACUUAACAACCAGGACCUGCCACGGCUACAGAAGGAAAUAGACCAGGUACCACAUGUGGUGGAGGCCAUAGAGGACCACUACCCAGGAGAAAAGGAUAUUAUCAUGAUGGGAGACUUCAACCUGGCCCCCCAGAAGGAAGACUUUGACUGUCUGCGUGACAGACACUACUCUAACUGCAUCCCCGCCGGUCACUUCACCAAUAUCAGCAAUAAUAACCUGAAGGGUUCACAGACCUACGACCACAUCUGGAUCUCAGACCAGUCCAAAGAAAUAUUCACAGGGUACUCAGCCGUGGUCAGAGAAGGGCUCAGCAGUCCCUGGAUCCCAAACGGCUGGUCUUGGGGAGGUCUUAUCAGUGACCACUGUCCAGUUUGGGCUGAAUUCUACUCAAACAAAGAUUUAGACUCUGCAGAUUUGAGCCUCAGUGCAGAAACAAUUAAAUUUGCUGUUGGAGCUGAUUGAAAUGUGUGUGACAUCAUAAC